AUGGGUCAUACAGAGCAUCUGUGGCUACUGGUCAGUUUAUGUCAGGUCUUGCUUGCCUGUGAACAGCAUUCACACCCGGUUGAGGUUGAACUUGUGUUCCAGUCUUUCUCAUCCAGUGGGGAUCCGAGCAGCUACACGGUCACCUGCCGAACUGCAAGCAAUCGUCUGGUGUACACAGGGCUCAUUGACCACUCAGCAUGUUCUCCUGACUGUGAGCUAUUACUGCGAAUGGCUGAAGACCAAAUGGGGUAUAACAUCACAUUGAGAACAAACAGGAAUGAUUCUGCGCUGGAGGCAAAGACCAUUUACUUUACUCCAGUGUCCCUGUCAGCCUUUCACGUAUCCAGCACCACCACCGCUGCAGUCUUGACCUGGAGCCUUCAGAAGCGGCAGGUCCUCUCCACCUUGACUCUGCACGACACACACACUCAGUCCGUCUCACAUUUCUUCGACAUAAAUUCCGCAGAAUUAAAAUCUCAGUAUACAAUGAAAACCCUUCAGCCCGGCACCCGCUUCAAGGUUGAGGUCCUGGUGGUUACAAUCCUCGAACAGCUUCAGAUAAAUCUGAGGCAGAGACUUAUUUUUUUCCUGGAAACAGCUCGCUGUUCACCUGGAUGGCUCAGCAAUGGGAGAAGCUGCUACAGUGUGAGGAGAACGGCUCUGAGCUGGACUGAUGCCCAGCGCAGCUGCUCAGGCCUGGCAGCAGGAAGUCACCUUGUCAGCUUGAAAAAUAAGGAGGAUUUGCUUUUUGUAUCCUCUUUUCUUCUGACCCGCAACGACCUGCUGCUGCUAUGGACGGGACUUAACCACACUCAGAAGGAGGGCCAACCUCUCGGGUCUGACGGCACCUCAGAUAUCCAAACAAACCCUGCGUCCACUCUGCUGCCAACCAAUCAGGCUGACUGUUUUGCCUUUCAGAGGAAUGCUACUGGACAUGGAUACUUCCUCAAUCUGUUUUUCUGCAGCAUCGCUUUACCCUUCAUCUGCCAAUAUCAAAUCCCUUCAGCCCCGGUUUCAUUUUCGUUUGACCUGGUGCAGGUGACAGAGCAACAUGUGGAGCUACGCUGGAGUGACCUCUCACCUUUUAAUUCACUUAAUUUGUCAUCUUUUGAGAUAUUCCUCCAGUACCAGCAGAGAGAAAAUUCAGGGUCAGGUCAGGAUGAAGAAGCGGGACGCAAGAAUGCAGAGGACAAAAGGACAAAUACACAUUGUGGCAUCAAAAAAAUUGUCCGGGUACCGAUUUCCCUCACCUCUAGAGAAGUGACUGUGGCUGGUUUAUAUCCAGGGAGCGUCUAUUCAUUUACCCUUCAAGCAUCUCACCCCGCUGGCUUCAUCUGGAGCUUGGGACAGACACAGACUGCAUACACUCGACCCCUCCCUCCUAAAAAUAUCACCUUUGGCACCGUCACAGACAGUCAGAUCAGUGUGUACUGGAUGCAGUCGUCUGCACAGUGUGUGACUAAAUGGAAGUUUGUUGUUCGUUAUGAAGAAAUGUCCUCGGGACAGGAACAUUUAGUUGGAAUGAACAGCAUCACCAGGAUAUCUGAGACCGGUGGCGUGCAGUUCUACACUGCUGUGAUUGGAGGGUUGGAACCGUACAGAAAAUACAGAAUUCAAGUUCACGCCGUCACUGCGCAGGGGAUACUGAGCUGCGGACCGGCACCUCUGACUGUGCAGACUGCCGUGAGGCCUCCUACAGGCUUGACGCUGUCAAGCACAGCUGGAAACCUGACGGUCUGCUGGACGAAUCCACUCAUUGACCCUCCAGAUGGUUAUCAGAUUAUAUCUCACCAGCUCAGUAGCCCCGUUGCUUUGUCAGUGACCGUAAACCAGUCGAUUUCUGGUGCGCCGUUAACGGGUGAACCCGCUUGCGUCAACCUGGGCCCAUUUACUCCAAGUAUGACUUACGAAGUGGGAGUUAUCAGCUGGAGAGGAACAGACCGGAGCAAGAUGUCCAGUGUCAGACACACAACAGCUCCAAUGCCAGUGCAGCUCGCAGUCCCGCUGUCAGUGGGAAGAAACCAUAUUCAGCUUUACGUUCAGAAACCGCAGUUGGGCAUGAUUGAUGGAGUGAAAGUGUGCGUCUGUCCUGGCGCCUGUGACAGUGAGUGUAAGGAUGCAUGCGGGUACGUGUGUGACUGGCACGCACUGCCGGCUGACGGUCAUGUCGUGACUAUAACCAGCGUCAGUCCGGGAUCGCAGUACCAGCUCGGUGUCUUCAGCACGAACCUGGAGCAGAUGGGAGGCCCGUACUACACCCGCCCCAUCAGAACAAGUCUGGCUCCUCCCGGCAGAGUGAGGGAGGGUCUGGUGACAGAUUCCUCCAUAGAGUUGCUUUGGGAUCCGGCACAAGGGCAGUCGGACGCCUACGAGGUCGUCUGCUUUAACUGUGACCACGUGCUCAAGGUGCAGAAGGUGUUAACUGAGAGUGCAGUGUUUACUGCACUGACUCCAGGCCUGCUUUACCACUUUGCAGUGCGCACAGAGAAGGAGUUUUUCACUGACAGCUCCCCCGUCACCAUCAAUAUCACUGCAGCUCCCAGCCCAGUAGAGAUUUCUCUCAUCAAUAAAACCACAUCAUCCAUAUGCAUCGCCUGGAGCACGGUCAGGGGACUGGUGGACACGCUUAUCCUGUCAAUCAAAAACAAUACAUCAAUUCGAGAGCUGAUUGUUUCGUAUCCGGAGCCCAGACUGUAUACCUUUGAUAGUCUUGCUCCUGGAAGCCAGUACACAGUGGAAAUGAUUUCCACUCGUGGGGGAAGAAGAAGUACACCUGCUGCCAUGGUCAUUCAAACCAUCCCAGAGGUGCCGUGGGAAGUGGCUCUUUCAGAGCAGGCUGUGACAAGUGUGUUUAUCACAUGGAGAGCGCCACAGGGUCAGGUGGAGGGCUACAGGCUUCUUUUUGGCCUGCUGUCAAUGAACAAGAAGUCGUGGAUUAAGGUGUUUGUCCAGGGUACAAGCUAUGAGAUCAGGGACCUGACCCCGGGGUCAGACUACGGAGUCAGCAUCCAGAGUGUGCUGGGCUCAGACUCCAGUCAGGAGGCCCACCGUGUAUUCAGCACACGCCCAGCAGGAAUAUGCGGCCUUCAUUUAGAUGAGGUGAACUCUUCCUCUCUUUCCGUGAGCUGGGACGGUGCGCUGGGGGAGUUUGACUUCCACAGAGUCACCGUGACCAACUCCUCGGUCACAAACACACUCACCGUACCCAAAGAGGAGCGGGUUGCCGUGGUUACUGGGCUGCUGGACGGCUGCAGCUACACCGUAAGAGCUGAGCGAGUGAGAGGAGCGAUAGCAGGAAGUGCAGCAUCUCUGACUGUAACCACAGUGCCUGCCCGUGUACAAGGACUUUCUGUCCUCAAGGUAUCUGCACGUGCCUUCUCGUUACGUUGGAAGCAGGCGGCCGGCUGCGUGGAUCAUUACCAUGUGAGCGUACUACCAAACCACGGCAAGGUCACAGUUCAUCCUGCACGGGGUGGAUACUUUCAGGUCGAUACAGUGAAUGUCAGUCCAGGGACACAAUACACUGUAACAGUUACAGCUGCUUCUUCUUCCAACAUCAGCCCUGGAGUCAGUCGCAUGAUCAAUACCAAUGAGAGUGUUCCCGGUCCUCCUUAUGGCCUUGAGGGAGAAGCUGUCGGUUCUAAUGGUAUCCUGCUCUCCUGGACGACGCCAUCUGAUGCCAACAAUAUCGACGGAUACGUCAUCAGGUACAAGGAGGUGUGUCCCUACCCUGAUCCCUCCUUCACACAGGUGACCAAGUACCUGGAUGUACCAGAGACGCUGCUCACUGACUUCACUUCAGGCUCCACGUACCACAUUCAGGUAGCAGCGAUUUCUCCAGCUGGAACCGGAGCAUUCAGCAAAUCUUUAUAUAUAAAGACAGCUGAGUCCCCUCCCGGCCUGGUGACAAAUCUAACAGCGUAUGCUCAAGACCACUCGUCUGUCAUGGUCACAUGGUUUUUGCCACAUCGCAUCAACGGCCUCAUCACAAAGUUCGCCGUCAAGGCAAAGCAUGCGCGCACGGGGCAGACAGUCCGCAUGCUGGAGGUCAACGCAGAGGACAUCAUGACCAUGACGCUCCCUCACUGCAAUGACGCAGCUGACAUCCUGUCACGUGCGACUCUCAGCCCCUUGGAGAUAACAGCAUCGUCUCCGCCGAUCACCCUCUCUGCCAUACCCCCUGCAGCUUCGUGGAGUGUGCCCAUAUCAGUGGGAGUUGAUCAGCUACGACCUUACACCGCCUAUCUCUUCGAAGUGUCUGCCUUCACCUCUGAUGGAGAGGGACAGAUAGCCUCCACCAUGGUCCGCAUGCCGGAGUCAGCUCCUGAGGACCCGCCACAGAACUUCAUGCUGAAUAUGACGUCAAGGUCAAUCUCUGUGUUCUGGAGCUCACCGAGCAUCAUCACAGGAAGGUUCAGCUACGUCCUCUAUCUUUAUGGGCCGACAGGUUUCUUGUAUGAGAACAGCACAGCUGACAUGCGUUUCACUUUCACCGGUCUCACACCCUACACGCAGUAUAAAGUAGAAGUCCGUGCAAAAGCAGCUGGCGAGGUGGGCCCGGCGGCACAGGAUGAUGUGAUUACACCUGCUGAAGCACCCAGCGCCGUGCAGGAUCUGAUAGCAGUUGCCGAGGAUUCAGUUUCAAUUCGUGUGAGCUGGAGAAUCCCUGCCCAGCCCAACGGCCCCAUAACCCAGUACAGGCUGCAGGUCCUGGCUGAUGACGUUCUGCUGCAAGACAUCACACUCACUGCAGAAAUGAAUAACACGGAUUUAUACGAAGAUGCCAGUCUUCCUCCGGAUGUCCAGAACAGAGCGGAGCGCCACAAGAGAGCCGCUGACCUCGGUUUGAUCACCUCUCCUCCAACUUUCACGGCCACUCUUUCUGAUCGCACAAUGUCCGCUGGUGGGACUGCUUCUGGUUUCACGCGCUCACGUUUUAGAAGCUUCGACCACACCAGCAACACCGAUUCUCAGCCAGCGGCUAACCAUAUGACCUCCGACCAGCAAGCCCGCGCUUCACGUUUCACCGAACCUCCUGAGUCAUUGUUGUCGUUCACCUCCGCGCCGCCUGGUACACUUCCAUCCUGGCUGACGAGACAAGCACCCGCCGGGGAUAUCGGCACAGACUCCUCCCCCUUGGCCCCGACCCCGGGCCAGCUCCGCUUGUCUACGCGUGAUGCUUCAAUUACAGGACACUUUUCAACACGCAGUGCCGCAGUGUCUGAUACCACAGGCGUGACUGUGAGGGAGGAGGUGAUGGAUGUCUUGUCAGAGGAGCUGUCUUACCUGGUGUUUGAUCUAAAUCCCUUCACGGAGUACACAUUCAGGGUCACGGCGUCCACCACUGUGGGCGAGGGUCCCGCCACAGAUAUUACAGAGAAGACCAGGGAACAAGUUCCUUCCUCUGUGCUCGAAGUGACCUAUCAAAACAUCAGCUCCACCUCCAUUCGGGUGAGCUGGGUGCCGCCUCUCAAUCCCAAUGGGCGAAUCACACAUUACACUGUUUAUGGCCUCAAGCUGCAUAAUAACGAAGCCCUGACGUGGGUCGCCGAGAGUACCAGCAUAGUGAUAACAGAUUUGGACAAGUACACUGGUUAUAAGCUGCGUGUGGCUGCUUCUACAGCUGUGGGAGAGAGCUCUUUGUCUGAGAAGGAUGACAUUUUCGUGUUCACACUAGAGGAUGAGCCUGACUCCCCUCCUGUGAACCUCAGUGUGAUUGACACCUCCCCCUCCACUGCCACACUGACGUGGUCUCCGCCGGAGAAGGGAAAUGGGGUGAUCCAGCGUUACGAAGUGGCGUACGAGAAUGAUUCCUUCUUUGCGGUGGUGAACUCAUCCUCCAGUGAAGUCACACUCACCGAUCUGAAGCCGUUCUCACACUACAAUGUUACCGUGAGGGCGUUCACGCGUUACGGUGACGGCAACCAAACGUCAGACACUUUGUACUUGCUCUCUGGAGAAGAUGUCCCAGGCAGCCCUCCGUACGGCGUCUCCUACCAGUCAGUCAGUCCGAGUGAGGUGAAUGUGACCUGGCAGCCUCCCCUGCUGCCCAACGGGGUCAUUAUUCACUACAGCCUGGAGCUCUGGAACUCCACUCACUACCUGAACCUCACCUCUCCAACCAACUCCAUCCACAUCACACAUCUGAGGAAAUAUGCACAGUACCGCGUGGCGGUCCAGGCGCACACGCGGGUCGGGCCAGGAAACUACAGCAGCGAGCCGCUCAACAUCACGACGCUUGAGGAUGCUCCAGACACGCCUCCUCGGAUGCUUCACGCUCGUAAGUUAUCAGACUAUGAGAUAGAGUUGUCAUGGGAGCCUCCACUUGAAGCCAAUUCAGACAUUCUCUACUACGUUGUCAGAGUUUGGAAUGAAACGACUGAGCUGUGGCAGAAUGUGACAGGCACAUCAGUGGUUAUUAACGUGGACUCAGAAAGUCGCUACAAUGCUUCAGUCUCCAGCUGGACCAGGCUGGGAGAUGGAGGAGUCCUGAUUUACAUCAGCUUCACCACCAUAGAUGCAGAGCCAUUCGACCCUCCACAGAACAUUAGCUUUGUAAAUAUGACCGCCUCCUCAGUCACCUUGACGUGGUACCCGCCCACUGAACCCAAUGGGAUCAUUGUACACUACAGUAUUUACUACUCUGAGGAUGGCAAUACGACUGAGAAGCGGGUUCCUGUGUCGGAUCUUCCUGCUCCUGCCUCUCCUGAUUCACCCUACGUCUACACUCUGACUCGGCUGAUUGGGGGCACUAAGUACGCCUUGUGGAUGACUUCCAGCACCAUACAGGGUGAUGGAGGAGUCCAGAGCAAUCCUUUAACCCUGCUCUUACCAGAGGAUGUGCCAAGUGACUCGGUCCAAAACUUAACGGCUCAGAUCUACUCCUCCACUAUCGUCAUCGUGAGCUGGGACCCUCCUCGGGAGCCAAAUGGUCGUCCCACAUACCAUCUCACUCUGCAGGAGGCUGGCGUCUUCCCUGAUAUGUCCAGCCAAGGGAUUCCGGCUGUCAACAAGACCAGCAAGUUCAAUACGUCUGAAAAUGCCAUCCUGUUCACCAGACUCCGGAAGUAUUUCCCUUAUGUGGUCACUGUCAUGCCGUCAACCAGCGCUGGCUUUGCUUACAACCACACCAGCACGUUGUACUUCAUGACGGACGAUGACAUUCCCAGCUCUCCUCCAUUGCUGGUGUCCACCAAGAACCUGUCCUCCUCCUCCAUCGCUGUGGACUGGCAACGCCCUCUGGAGGCUAACGGAGAGAUAACAGAGUAUACCCUCACUCUGUUUGGCCCCGGGGGCUCCAACACAUCAUACGUCACUGAUACUUCGAUAAUUCUCACCAACCUACUUCCAUACACAGCUUACAAUCUCACCAUCGCACCCGCAACGCGUAAAGGCUCAGGGCCCUUUUUGCUAGUUCCUCUCCACACAGAUGAAGGCGGGCCCAUGUCUCCUCCCCUUAAUGUGACUGUAUACAACCACACGGCCGUAUCGGUGUGGCUGAGCUGGGACCCUCCUCUGGAGCCCAAUGGAGUGGUGAUAAAGUACGGAUUCCAGAUCCGAGACCUCCUCACACACGCCGUCACACAUCAGAACUCUUCAGGCUCGUCGACCACAGAGCAUCUAUUAGGAUUCAGACCACACCGCUCCUAUGAGAUAAGUGUAUAUAGCUACACCAGAGUGGGCCAUGGAAAUCAGUUCAGCACUCCUGUGACCUUCACAACCAACGAGUCAGUGUCUGAUGCUGUGGGAAACCUGUCUUGCUCGGGAUUGAGCUGGGAUUCAAUUCAGCUGUCCUGGGAGCUCCCAGCCAACCCUAAUGGGCAGAUCCUUUUUUAUGAGAUUGUAUUAGAGGGAGAUAUGCAGGCCCACACAUACCAGGCCCCCACAGCAGAGUACACCUUGGCCGGACUUUCACCAGACCAGGAAUACGCACUCACUGUAACCGCAGUCAACUCUGCAGGCCCGGGAGAAGCUGUAAACUGCACAGCCUCCACUCUCUCUGAGUCAGUCCCAGCUGCUCCCCGCUUCCUCACCGUCUCUCAGGUCACGCCGAACAAUGUGACACUUCAGUGGGCGCCGCCGCUCUCCAUUCCGGGGCUGCUGAAGGAGUACCACAUCAUCGCACAGCUGCUUUCAACUGUUUGUCCACCAGAUAUACCAAUUAGCGCUCUGCACAACCAAGAGGAAGAGCUGUCCUCGGACUGCGUGGAGGACAUCGUCACGUUGUCAGUGAAUGCAUCAGAUGGCGCCGAAGAAAACAGCAUCACUCUACAAACCCUGGCGAAAUACAGAUACUACCGCUUCAAAGUAGCCGCUGUGACCAACGCCGGAGCUGGAGAAUACACAAACUGGAAUUACGCACGCACACUGGCUGGAAAUCCCGACGCUCCUCCCCGCAGCCUAAAAGUGACCCCUUCUGCCAACAGCCUCCACAUUGCCUGGGAUGCGCCAGCCGUCCUCUCUGGACCAACGUCAUAUCUCGUGCAGGUUAAAGGUCCUGGUAUGAACGUUUCAACCAUCCGGCAUCCAGGAGAGUUGACUACCGUUGUUGUGACGGACCUGGUAGCUUUCACACGUUACCUUGUGACCGUCACGGCCUUCACUGGUCCACCGGAGCACGCCAGCAGAGACGGAAAAGCCAUCGGCCCGAUUGAGUUUAAAACACUUGAGGAGGAACCUAAAGAUCCUCCCAAAAAUGUGAGCAUCUCAGUUAUCCCAGAAGACGUAAACGUGGUGACGGUGACCUUCAACCCUCCGGAGGAACCCAAUGGAAACAUCACAGAUUACUUUGUGUACGUGUAUGAAAAAGAUCAGCUGGUGAAGAACAUCAGCCUGAAUAUCACAAGGAGAGACAACAACACACUGGCUGCUGUUAUAGGAGGUCUUAAGGGAGGACACACCUACAGCAUACAGAUUUCAGCAAAGAACGGUGCUGGCAGGAGCCCACCCAGCCCACAUGUCCAGAUAACUACUGGGAUCAAAGCCCCGGCAAAACCAACCCAGAGACCCCAGGCAGUAAUGGGCCAAGGAGGGGUUGCCAUGGUAACCCACAGGAGUAUCACCAUCCGCAUGCCUGCCUGUUUCUAUAGUGACGACAAUGGGCCAAUCACAAAAAUUCAGGUCAUCGUGGCCGAGUCAGGGGUGAAGGACGCCGUGAACCUGACCAACUGGAGGGAUGCAUUUUUUCACCGUCCUGCCCCUUACCUGACCGACGCAGGAUUUCCCAACCCGCGCUGCCUUCUGAGGGACGGGGCAUCACGAAUGAACGCACACGUCAGAGCUGUGCGUGGCGUGUCUGCCGACAACCUCUCGCUGGCGAGGCAGGAUCACACCGCGGCAGCCACUUACGUGAUCGGGGAAAACGAAACCUGCAUGGAAGAGAACAACACCGAUCAUUUCUGCAACGGGCCUCUCAAGCAAAACACUGUCUAUGUGUUUAAGUUCAGAGCUACUAACAUUAAAGGCGAACACACAGACUCUGAAUACUCAGAGCAUGUCAGAACAGCAGUUGACGGGCUGUUGACCAGAGAAGAACAGAUCAUCCUGGGGGUCCUUCUGUCCAUCUUCUUGGCUGUGCUGCUGAUCAUCAUUAUCUGUGGUUCAGUCAAGAUUCAUCAGCGCAAGAAGGAGGGCGGGACUUACUCACCCAGAAAGGCAGAGAUCAUAGAGACCAAGUGUAAGCUGGAUCAGCUGAUCGCCGUGGCAGAUCUGGAGUUGAAACAGGAAAAACUCAACCGGUAUUCUUCCUUCUUCUUUAGACGGAAAGAGAUUUAUGUCAUCCAGUUGCUCAGCUACAGGAAGUCUCUCAAGCCUGUCAACAAGAAGUCUUUUCUGCAGCAUGUAGAGGAUCUGUGUGCCAACGACAACUCCAGGUUCCAGGAGGAGUUUUCCGAGCUCCCAAAGCUGCUGCAGGAUUUGGCCACCACUGACGCUGACCUCCCCUGGAACAAGUCCAAGAAUCGCUUCCCUAACAUCAAACCUUAUAAUAACAACCGAGUGAAACUCUUGUCGGAGCCAGGCACUGCAGGCUCAGACUACAUCAAUGCGAGCUUCGUCUCUGGCUACUUGUGUCCUAAUGAGUUCAUCGCCACUCAGGGUCCUCUGCCCGGCACAGUGGCUGAUUUUUGGAGGAUGAUCUGGGAAACAGGAACUCGCACCAUCGCCAUGCUCACACAGUGUUAUGAGAAGGGCAGGAUUCGGUGUCAUAAAUACUGGCCCGAGGACAACAAACCGAUGUCAGUGUUUAGUGACAUUCUCAUCUCCAAAGUGUCGGAGGAGGUCCUUCCCGACUGGACUGUCAGAACGCUGAAAGUGGAAAAGCACGGACACUACAUCUUGGUUCGGCACUUCAACUACACGUCGUGGCCGGAGCACGGCGUUCCCGAGUCCUGCAGCACACUCAUCAAGUUUGUCAGAGCUGUGCGAGCACACCGGCACGACAACACCACCAUCGCCGUCCACUGCAGCGCUGGUGUGGGAAGAACCGGCGUGUUUAUUGCUCUCGAUCACCUCAUCCAGCACGUCAGAGAUCACGACUUUGUGGAUAUUUACGGGCUGGUGGCCGAGCUGCGCAGCGAGAGGAUGUGCAUGGUGCAGAAUCUGGCCCAGUACAUCUUUCUGCACCAGAGCACACUGGAACUUCUGAACAACAAAGGCAACAGUCAGUCCAUUUGGUUUGUCAGCUACUCUGCUCUGGAGAAGAUGGAUUCUCUGGAUGCCAUGGAGGGUGAUGUUGAACUGGAGUGGGAGGAGACCACCAUGUAAAAGCCUUGCUCAUGGACGCCUGCCCGAGCAUUUCCCGGGGCUCCCUGGCACAUCGCCCGUGCACGGACCCCAGACAGGACGACCUCCACCAGGCGGAGUUACAUGCCGAGUGAAGAGAAGACGAAUCGUCUGUUGACUGAGACUUUGCCACUUCACUUUGAACCCUAUUCUCAGACGCAGUCCUGUACUUAUCGCCACUCUUGUCCGCUUGUUUCUAAAAGACAGUAGGAGAGACAGACAGUGAGGGCAGGGACAGAGAGACCUUCAGGAACCACAGGGUUAACUGAGGAAGAAGGAGCCGACUGUGAGAGCUGUCACGUCUCUGAGUCCUACAGGUACUUUGCACAAAUUGAUUUCACCGUGUUAGAUGAUUACUUUAUUAUGUUGAUAUCAUCUAUGUUUUUUAAGAUAAUUUAUUCAGCCAAAAUGGUAUUGUUUUUUUCAGUUCUGU